AUGUCCAAUCAAGAAGAGCACGAAAACGCGUUAAAUGGUUCAACUAACGAGCCAUCAGUUAUGGAUGGCGGCAGAGCAACGCCACAACUUACCGAUACUAGUAACCAUUCCAGUCCAGUAAAAUUGUUGACAGAUUUACGCAAUAGAAAUUAUCCGCCGGCCAGUGACAACGAAGAUGACUAUGAUAUAAGCCGAGCUACAGGAGCUACUAAUGACUAUUGGUCGCAGCGUAAGAUUGGUUUACCAAAUUCGGGUCGCCAGAGUCGAACAGACAUUAAUACCCCAGUUUAUCAAGACAAUAUGAGUGAGAAUUCCGAACAACCACCGGUCCAGCCUCUUGUGCGUUCCAAAUCACGUCCUGAACUGUCAUCAAAUGCUCACAUGAACAGUGUUAUGAGUGCGGCCAGUCGUUAUUCGAAUCUCUCGUAUUGGAAAGCUCGUCGUGUGGUAUUCUAUCGCAAUGGUGACCCAUUCUUUCCCGGCGUUGAAUUGCGCUACCGUCCUGGCCGCGACAUAACUUCGCUUGAUAAUCUUCUUGAUAAAAUCUCUCCAAAAAUGGAUUUGCCACGCGGUGCCCGCUACGUUUUCUCUAUGGAUGGCGAUCGUAAAUAUCAUUUAGAUGAAUUAGAGGACGGCGCCUCAUAUGUGGUCUCCUCUUUCAAAGCUUUCAAGGUAGUGGUUGCAGAACCCGUCUGGCAAUUGGAAUCCAGCUAACUCUCAUAUAAUACACAACUAUUGUAUAAUGAU